AUGGCCGCAACUUCCACCGCUGCCGCUGCUUCAUCCAUCAUGGGUACUCGGGUGCUUCCCGAUAUCUAUUCCGGUUCAGGUCGGUUCACAGCCCGGUUUGGGUUUGGAAAGAAGAAGGCAGCUCCCAAAAAGAAAGCGCCGGUGACUUCGGACCGGCCUCUGUGGUUCCCUGGCGCCAAAUCUCCUGACUGGCUCGAUGGUUCCUUGGUUGGAGAUUACGGGUUUGAUCCUUUUGGUUUAGGCAAACCGGCUGAGUAUCUCCAAUUCGACAUAGAUUCGCUAGACCAGAAUCUGGCUAAGAACUUAGCCGGAGACGUGAUCGGGACCCGUACGGAAGAGGCGGCCCCCAAAUCGACGCCGUUUCAGCCGUACAGCGAGGUGUUCGGAAUCCAGAGAUUCAGGGAAUGCGAGCUGAUUCACGGACGGUGGGCGAUGCUCGCCACUCUCGGCGCUCUCUCCGUCGAAUGGCUUACCGGCGUCACCUGGCAAGACGCCGGAAAGGUGGAGCUUGUGGAUGGAUCGUCCUACUUGGGGCAGCCAUUACCGUUCUCGAUAUCGACAUUGAUAUGGAUCGAGGUGUUAGUGAUCGGCUACAUCGAGUUCCAACGCAACGCCGAGCUUGACUCAGAGAAGCGUCUGUACCCAGGAGGCAAAUUCUUCGACCCGCUAGGUUUAGCGGCUGAUCCAGAGAAGACGGCUCAGCUUCAGUUAGCAGAGAUCAAGCACGCGCGUCUUGCGAUGGUCGCGUUUUUGGGAUUCGCGGUUCAAGCGGCUGCAACUGGUAAAGGUCCACUCAACAAUUGGGCUACUCACCUCAGUGAUCCACUCCACACCACCAUUAUCGAUACCUUCUCCUCCUCUUAA